AUGGAUGGAGUAACUAAUCACAGCUGGAAUAACUACUCAACUGACCGACUUGCGGACUCUGUGGUUGGGAAUGAUACAACAAUAUCUCCAGUUCUACUCAUAGUUAUAUCUGUUGUUGGAAUAGUCAUUAACAUGUUCAUCUUGUCUGUUAAUUUUCAUUCCUGGAUAAAAGGGCAAAGCUUGAACCCCAGUGACCUCUUAAUUGUUACCCUGGCUUUCUCCAACUUGGUCUUUUCUGUCACAGCCGGUGUCUGGAUCAUAUACUUUGGUUUCAUCACUUAUGGGGACUUCAAAGAAUAUCUAUCAUAUUCUAUCAUGGUGUAUGUGCUCUUCUGCAAUUCCUGGCUCAGCACCUGCCUGUGUUUCUACUACUUUGUGAAAGUCAGUAACUUUAAACCUGGUUACCUGGCACGGCUCAAGUCCAAGAUAAACACCCUGGUGCCAAGGCUAAUAUUGGGCGCUCAAGUGUUCUCCAUCUUGAACUCACUAUUUUACAUGUUGACAUUUUUUAAAGUCAACAAUGACAACUCAACGCUUCUUUUUUUGACAAACAAGGCUUCAAGUACUACUAAUAACAGGAUAGACGUUUUUUACAAUGCAUUCUUCUUGUUGGUCAAUUGUUUGAUUCCUUUCUUCAUUAUAGUGGUCACCACCAGCCUUAUCAUUGCCUCGCUCUACAAGCACACUCGUCGUAUGCAACGGAACGUAGGAGAGUUUGGUGGCCCCAGUCUGCAUAUUCAUCACAGAGCAGCACGUACAAUGAUAUCUUUUCUUAUUAUUUAUCUUUCCUUUUACGUUUUAUCACUGGGGAAUAGCAUUUUUCUAAAUAAGCACUUGUUAAACUGGGUUAACUACAUGUUGGGUUGUGCUUUCUCCCCGACUCAGUCCAUCGUUCUAAUCAUGGGGAACUCCAGGCUCAGGCAGACCUGUAGGAACAUACUUAAGAGUUGUAUGAAAAUAUUAAGCAGAGAGACAACUAUAUCCACUGUGGGCACCUAA